AUGCGGCCGGGCGCAGGCAGACACCUGGAGACGCUUGCGCACGCAGGUCAGGUGCCGGCGGUAACUUAUAAGCCGGGCCCACUUGCUAAGCCGCGCUCGCCCGCCGCCGCUGCUGCAGCCGCUGUCGCUGCGCAUUUGUUCUCAGUUGGGUCCGGACGCUAUAACUCUGUCUCCCAGCAGGUUGAUACAUGUGAUGUACCUACCGUUGCGCGUCCGUCGGGCGCGCGGUCGUCUGGAGAAGGAGGCGGCGGCGGCGGCGGCGGCGGAGGCGGCGGCUGCGGCAUACCUCAGACUGGCUGGUCGGGCGGCGAGAAACACCGGCCCUGGCCGUCCGUGGCUACUGCCACGACACGCGUCCGUGUCCGCGCAUUCCUGCAGCCCUUCUGA